AUGGAAGCAAUCUAUCUUUUGAAUAGAGUAAUAAAAAAGUAUAAAGAAAAGAAAAGAGACAUUAAUAUGAUUUUUAUCGAUCUUGAAAAAGCAUAUGAUAAAGUGCCUCGAGAUAUAAUCCGGUGGGUGCUAGAGAAGAAAAAGGCGACAAAAUGUUACAUUAAUGUGAUUAGGGACAUGAAUAAAGUUGUGGUGACUACUAUUAGAUCACCUACUGGAGAAACAGCUGAUGGGACUAGAAGAGUUAACACUAGGUUGGAGACUUUGAGAGAAUCACUUAAAUCUAAAAGAUUUAAGAUAAGCAAAACUAAAACAGCGUACAUGGAAUAUAAUUUCAGUAACAGUAACAAUGGAAGCAGAGGAAAAGUGAAGAUUAAGAACCAAGAACUACCUAAAAGUGAACAUUUUCGUUAUUUAGGAUCAAUUAUCACAACGGUUGGGGAGAUUAGAGCAGAUGUGGUCCAUAGAAUUAAGACGAGGUGGCUUAAGUGGAGAAGUGCAUAUGGGGUACUGUACGAUAAAUGA